AUGGGGAGGAGGGGAGAGGUGGCCGGGCGGCUGCUCCAGAAAUCUGUCAAGGUAUUUCCUUCUGAAAACACUGCGUUUGUAACAGAGAAACAAGAGCAGGGCAGAUGCAGACCGACACAGGCCAACUCCAACUCCAACUCCAACUCCAACUAUAACUCCAACUCCAACUCCAACUCCAACUCCAACUCCAACUAUAACUCCAACUCCAACUCCAACUAUAACUCCUACUCCAACUAUAACUCCAACUCCAACUCCGACUAUAACUCCUACUCCAACUAUAACUCCUACUCCAACUAUAACUCCAACUCCAACUAUAACUCCAACUCCAACUAUGACUCCAACUAUAACUCCAACUAUAACUCCAACUCCAACUCCGACUAUAACUCCAACUCCAACUCCAACUCCGACUAUAACUCCAACUCCAACUAUAACUCCGACUAUAUCUCCAACUCCAACUAUAUCUCCAACUCCAACUCCAACUAUAACUCCUACUCCAACUAUAACUCCUACUCCAACUAUAACUCCAACUCCAACUCCAACUAUAACUCCAACUCCAACUAUAACUCCAACUCCAACUCCAACUAUAACUCCAACUCCAACUAUAACUCCAACUCCAACUAUAACUCCAACUCCAACUAUAACUCCAACUCCAACUAUAACUCCAACUUCAACUCCAACUCCAACUAUAACUCCAACUAUAACUCCAACUAUAACUCCAACUAUAUCUCCAACUCCAACUAUAACUCCAACUCCAACUCCAACUAUAACUCCAACUCCAACUAUAACUCCAACUCCAACUCCGACUAUAACUCCUACUCCAACUAUAACUCCUACUCCAACUAUAACUCCAACUCCAACUCCAACUAUAACUCCAACUCCAACUAUAACUCCAACUCCAACUAUAACUCCAACUCCAACUAUAACUCCAACUCCAACUAUAACUCCAACUUCAACUCCAACUCCAACUAUAACUCCAACUAUAACUCCAACUAUAACUCCAACUAUAUCUCCAACUCCAACUAUAACUCCAACUCCAACUCCAACUAUAACUCCAACUCCAACUCCGACUAUAACUCCAACUCCAACUAUAACUCCAACUAUAUCUCCAACUCCAACUAUAACUCCAACUCCAACUCCGACUAUAACUCCAACUCCUACUAUAACUCCAACUCCAACUUUAACUCCAACUCCAACUAUAACUCCUACUCCAACUAUAACUCCAACUCCAACUCCAACUAUAACUCCAACUCCAACUAUGACUCCAACUAUAACUCCAACUAUAACUCCAACUCCAACUCCGACUAUAACUCCAACUCCAACUCCAACUCCGACUAUAACUCCAACUCCAACUAUAACUCCGACUAUAUCUCCAACUCCAACUAUAUCUCCAACUCCAACUCCAACUAUAACUCCUACUCCAACUAUAACUCCAACUCCAACUCCAACUCCGACUAUAACUCCUACUCCAACUAUAACUCCUACUCCAACUAUAACUCCAACUCCAACUCCAACUAUAACUCCAACUCCAACUAUAACUCCAACUCCAACUAUAACUCCAACUCCAACUCCAACUAUAACUCCAACUUCAACUCCAACUCCAACUAUAACUCCAACUAUAACUCCAACUAUAACUCCAACUAUAUCUCCAACUCCAACUAUAACUCCAACUCCAACUCCAACUAUAACUCCAACUCCAACUAUAACUCCAACUCCAACUCCGACUAUAACUCCAACUCCAACUAUAACUCCAACUAUAUCUCCAACUCCAACUAUAACUCCAACUCCAACUCCGACUAUAACUCCAACUCCUACUAUAACUCCAACUCCAACUUUAACUCCAACUCCAACUAUAACUCCUACUCCAACUAUAACUCCAACUCCAACUCCAACUAUAACUCCAACUCCAACUAUGACUCCAACUAUAACUCCAACUAUAACUCCAACUCCAACUCCGACUAUAACUCCAACUCCAACUCCAACUCCGACUAUAACUCCAACUCCAACUAUAACUCCGACUAUAUCUCCAACUCCAACUAUAUCUCCAACUCCAACUCCAACUAUAACUCCUACUCCAACUAUAACUCCAACUCCAACUCCAACUCCGACUAUAACUCCUACUCCACCUAUAACUCCUACUCCAACUAUAACUCCAACUCCAACUCCAACUAUAACUCCAACUCCAACUAUAACUCCAACUCCAACUAUAACUCCAACUCCAACUCCAACUAUAACUCCAACUUCAACUCCAACUCCAACUAUAAUUCCAACUAUAACUCCAACUAUAACUCCAACUAUAUCUCCAACUCCAACUAUAACUCCAACUCCAACUCCAACUAUAACUCCAACUCCAACUAUAACUCCAACUCCAACUCCGACUAUAACUCCAACUCCAACUAUAACUCCAACUAUAUCUCCAACUCCAACUAUAACUCCAACUCCAACUCCGACUAUAACUCCAACUCCUACUAUAACUCCAACUCCAACUUUAACUCCAACUCCGACUAUAACUCCAACUCCAACUAUAACUCCAACUCCAACUAUAAGUCCAACUCCAACUAUCACUCGAACUCCAACUAUAACUCCAACUCCGCCUCCAACUAUAAGUCCAACUCCAACUAUCACUCCAACUCCAACUAUAACUCCAACUCCAACUCCAAUUAUAACUCCAACUCCAACUCCGACUAUAACUCCAACUCCAACUAUAACUCCAACUCCAACUAUAACUCCAACUCCAACUCCGACUAUAACUCCAACUCCGACUAUAACUCCAACUCCAACUAUAUCUCCAACUCCAACUAUAACUCCAACUCCAACUCCAACUAUAACUCCAACUCCAACUAUAACUCCGACUAUAACUCCAACUCCAACUAUAACUCCAACUCCAACUAUAACUCCAACUCCGACUAUAACUCCAACUCCAACUAUAACUCCAACUCCAACUAUAACUAUAACUAUAACUAUAACUAUACAUCCAACUCCAACUAUCACUCCAACUCCAACUAUAACUCCAACUCCAACUCCGACUAUAACUCCAACUCCAACUAUAACUCCAACUCCAACUAUAACUCCAACUCCAACUCCGACUAUAACUCCAACUCCGACUAUAACUCCAACUCCAACUAUAUCUCCAACUCCAACUAUAACUCCAACUCCAACUCCGACUAUAACUCCAACUCCAACUAUAACUCCAACUCCAACUAUAACUCCAACUAUAACUCCAACUCCAACUCCGACUAUAACUUGAACUCCAACUCCGACUAUAACUCCAACUCCAACUAUAACUCCAACUCCAACUAUAACUAUAACUCCAACUAUAACUCCAACUCCAACUAUGACUCCAACUCCAACUAUAACUCCAACUCCAACUAUAACUAUAACUAUAACUAUACAGUAACUAUAACUCCAACUCCAACUAUAACCAACUCCAACUAUAACUCCAACUCCAACUAUAACUCCAACUCCAACUAUAACUCCAACUCCAACUCCGACUAUAACUCCAACUCCAACUCCAACUAUAACUCCAACUCCAACUCCAACUCCAACUAUAACUCCUACUCCAACUAUAACUCCAACUCCAACUCCAACUCCGACUAUAACUCCAACUCCAACUCCAACUAUAACUCCAACUCCAACUCCGACUCCAACUAUAACUCCAACUAUAACUCCGACUAUAACUCCGACUAUAACUCCAACUCCAACUCCGACUAUAACUCCAACUCCAACUAUAACUCCGACUAUAUCUCCAACUCCAACUAUAUCUCCAACUCCAACUCCAACUAUAACUCCUACUCCAACUAUAACUCCAACUCCAACUCCAACUCCGACUAUAACUCCUACUCCAACUAUAACUCCUACUCCAACUAUAACUCCAACUCCAACUCCAACUAUAACUCCAACUCCAACUAUAACUCCAACUCCAACUAUAACUCCAACUCCAACUCCAACUAUAACUCCAACUUCAACUCCAACUCCAACUAUAACUCCAACUAUAACUCCAACUAUAACUCCAACUAUAACUCCGACUAUAACUCCAACUCCAACUAUAUCUCCAACUCCAACUAUAACUCCAACUCCAACUCCGACUAUAACUCCAACUCCAACUAUAACUCCAACUCCAACUCCGACUAUAACUCCAACUCCAACUAUAACUCCAACUCCAACUAUAUCUCCAACUCCAACUAUAACUUCAACUCCGACUAUAACUCCAACUCCUACUAUAACUCCAACUCCAACUUUAACUCCAACUCCGACUAUAACUCCAACUCCAACUAUAACUCCAACUCCAACUAUAAGUCCAACUCCAACUAUCACUCCAACUCCAACUAUAACUCCAACUCCGCCUCCAACUAUAAGUCCAACUCCAACUAUCACUCCAACUCCAACUAUAACUCCAACUAUAACUCCAACUCCAACUAUAACUCCAACUCCAACUCCAACUCCGACUAUAACUCCAACUCCAACUAUAACUCCAACUCCAACUAUAACUCCAACUCCGACUAUAACUCCAACUCCGACUAUAACUCCAACUCCAACUAUAUCUCCAACUCCAACUAUAACUCCAACUCCAACUCCGACUAUAACUCCAACUCCAACUAUAACUCCAACUCCAACUAUAACUCCAACUCCAACUCCGACUAUAACUCCAACUCCAACUCCGACUAUAACUCCAACUCCAACUAUAAGUCCAACUCCAACUAUCACUCCAACUCCAACUUUAACUCCAACUCCGACUAUAACUCCAACUCCGACUAUAACUCCAACUCCAACUCCAACUAUAACUCCAACUCCGACUAUAACUCCAACUCCAACUAUAACUCCAACUUCAACUCCAACUAUAACUCCAACAACUCCAACUAUAACUCCAACUCCGACUAUAACUCCAACUCCAACUAUAAUUCCAACUCCAACUAUAACUCCGACUAUAACUCCAACUCCAACUAUAACUCCGACUAUAACUCCAACUCCAACUAUAACUCCAACUCCGACUAUAACUCCAACUCCAACUAUAACUCCAACUCCAACUAUAACUAUAACUAUACAUCCAACUCCAACUCCAAAUCCAACUCCGACUAUAACUCCAACUCCAACUAUGACUCCAACUCCAACUCCAAAUCCAACUCCAAACUCCAACUCUAA